AGCACCUCACGCUGAGAACCCUGGAUUGUGACAUUGUGAGAGGCAGACUCUCAGGGUUCGAGCUUGGCAACCCGGGGUCUCUAAUAAUGGAAAUGAAGGCAGGCGAGCAGGAGGACUUCCUCGCAGGAGACGCAGCAGGCGCCGAAGUCCCGAUUCCGAGGCAGCCGCCGGUGGAAUUCAGCCUCGCUUGCAGGGACCUGACAGUUGCCACGCCGGAGAGGAGGCCCAGCACUGCGGUACACGUGGCCCUUGUUGAGUCCCAGGAGUGCAGCCCGGGCGCCUAUUCCUGCACCGAAGUGGUCCAGGGAACCAGGGACCCGCUGUUUCUGACCGGGGUGACCUUCCCGCCAGGACACCCCAUCUGCGAGGAGACGCGGGUCAAGCUCACGGUCUAUGACCUGAAGAACCCGUCCAGCGAAACGAGGAAUAUUCUGGGCUACACGACGUUUUCCGUGGGGGACUUGUUGAAGUCAAAGGAGCAGCAAUUAACCCUUAGCCUGAGGACCUCAGAUGGUACCAGCACAGUGGGGGCAGUAGUGGUCACCCGCCUGAAGAUGGGUGAGAUGGAGGAUGGAGAGGCGGACCACAUCGCGGCAGAUGUGCAGGGACAGAAGUGCACUCUGCUGUGCGAGUCGGUGCACGGGACCACCAGCGAGAAAGACAACAGCCCCCUGAUGAAUGCCGUGUUCGAAAACCCUGUCUGUAAGGUGUACCGCUUCCAAACCGUGGACAAUGACUGGAUGACGGUCCGUGAGCAGAUGACUGAGUGCACGCUGUCCUUCAGCAUUCCCAGACAGCUUCUGGCGCUCUACGUGCAGGAGGACAUGGGAAGCAUAGAGGAGCUGAAGAAUCUAGGCGAGCUCUCUCCACACUGGGACAACCUGAGGAAGGAAGUCAUCGCCCACUAUGGCCAGGUCAUCAGCAGCUACCAGGAGACGCUCGGGGAGCUCACCAAGCUGACUGGCCCAUCCUUCAAACCCAGCUGCUGUAAGGGUCAGAAGUACCUGGAAUUCGUUCCCAUCAACCUCCACACUCAGAGGAUGCAUGUCACAUGUCCCAGAAAAGCAGAUGCCUUCUAUGACGUGAUCACCGUAGGAGCACCAGCAGCCCACUUCCAGGGGUUCAAAAAUGGUGGCUUGCAGAGGCUGCUCAGCCGGUAUGAAACGGAGAAGAAAAAUUUCAGCACAGCGUACCAGUGCAUCUAUUUCUCACCCGGGGACACGUCAAAAGCGCGGGAGGUUCUGGCCAACAUCGGCCAGCUGCAGCCCCUCAUCUUGGUCCUGGCCGAUCGACUCCUGGAGGCUGCCCAGCAUGGGUGUCUUGACCCCUUGAAGGAGGCCCUGCAGACACUGUCUGACAAGACGGAGCAGUUUGUGCACGCGCUGAAGGACGAGCUGGUGAAGACAGCCCUGCUGGCCCUGCAUGCGGCACGUCCAGGUUAUGUCAGCAGGAGGGGCCCCGCAGUGUGCAACAAUGCAGCCGGGGGAGCCGGAGCAGAGACGCCACCCAGGCAGGACAGCCCCAUGCAGCCCCAGGCUCAGGACUCCAUACCUCACCGGUCCGAGUACGACGAGGAAGAAUGGGACAGGGUCUGGGCCAAUGUGGCGAAGAGUCUGAACUGCAUCAUCGCCAUGGUCGACCGGCUGCAGGACCACAGUGAAAACAACAACGUGGGGGCACCAGCCACUGAGACACCCACAGAGGCACAGAUGGAGAUGCCCCAGGCUGGGACCAUGCCCCCAGUGCCUACCUCCACUCCUACAGCAGCCACGGGGAAAGCAGGAAGCACUGGUGAGUGGCAGGAGAAGUUGUAUCCGCUGGUCAUCACACUGAAGGACUGCGUGGCAGAGGUGGUGGACCACGCCACAAAGUCCAUGGCGUUUGUGCUCCUGCAGGAGGCGGCAUGUAGCAUUCCACAGGGUCUGCUCCUAAAGCAGCGAAGGGAUGUGGUCUUCAGUCAGGCGCUCGCUGCCCUAACCUGCGGCUUCGUCAUGAAGCUCUACGCUGGGCUGGAGGACAAGGGCUUCCUGCAACAGCUGCAUACGGUGGGACUGGUAGCCCAGUUCGAGAGCCUGCUUAGUACAUACAGUGAAGAGAUCGGCAUGCUGGAGGACAUGGAGGUGGGCAUUUCAGAUUUGCAGAGAGUAACGUUCAGGAUCACGGAAGCCGAGUCGCAGGAUCCAGCCCACCUGCAGCCUGUGGUCUCUGGCAGGCGGGACCACUACACCGUUGAAGUGCCGCUGCCACACGAAACGUUUGAGGCGCUGCCCGAUGAGAUCAGAGAAGGCAAGCCCUUGCAAGUGUACCCUGUGCUCUUUAAUGUUGGAAUAAAUGAACAGCAGACAAUAGCCGAAAGGUUUGGAGACAUUUCUUUACAAGAGAGGAUAAACCAGAAAAAUUUUGAGAUUUUAGAUGGCUACUACAAAUCAUUAAGUGAUAAAGUUCCCUUGGAAUGUUUACCUUGUUCUCAGACACAGACAGAUCUGAAGGAGCUCCUGGAAACUUUAGGACAGAAUGUGGUGACAAAGAAACGCAAGAAUGUGGAGAUACUGUGGCUUGCUGGAACGAUCUGUCGACGAUUGAACGGCAUCCGGUUCACAAGCUGCAAGAGUGCCAAAGACAGAACCUCCAUGUCAGUCACCCUGGAGCAGUGCGCCCUAUUGAGAGAUGAGCAUCAUCUCAACAAGGACUACUUCAUCCGAGCACUGGACUGCAUGAGGAGAGAAGGAUGCCGAAUUGAGAAUGUGCAAAAGAACAUUAGAUGCAGGAAGUAUGCAUUCAACAUGCUGCAGCUGAUGGCGUUCCCCAAGUGUUACCGGCCACCGGAAGGGACCUACGGCAGGGUGGACUCGUGAGAAACGGUAGCACUCACGUACAGAGCUCGCACACCCUGUCCACACACGGAAAGUCCUUCAGUAUGCAGGUAUGUAAAGUUGCACAAAAGAGGCUUCGCUAACAGUGUUAAAUAUUUCACAGCUGUACUUAAAAAUGAAGAACAUUUUGCGGAAUCUUCACGCUUUUUUACAGAUUUUUUUUUUUGCCCCAUUGAAUAUGUAAGUCUUUGUUCAUGUUGUUCUUUAAGAUAUAUGUAAUAUAAUUUAAAAAGUAAGCAGAGACUGGUUUGUUCACCAGUCUCUAAUCAUGUACAGCGAGAACAAAAAGCACUGGCGUUCCUUAUUAUCCACAUGCUUGGCCUUUUGUUUUUUUUUAACGAUUUAAAAAAAAAAAAAAAAAAAAAA